GGCGUCUUGAAGGGCGCGGCCGAGGGGCGCGGGCGCAGCCGGAAGCUGGGGCGGGGCGCCCGCGCGGGAUGCGGUGAAGGGCAAGCGGCGCGGCAGCGGCGGCUAUGAGUGCCUCGGCGGCCACAGGGGUCUUCGUGCUGUCCCUCUCGGCCAUCCCGGUCACCUACGUCUUCAACCACCUGGCGGCCCAGCACGAUUCCUGGACAAUUGUAGGGGUGGCUGCCCUUAUCCUGUUCCUGGUAGCCCUAUUGGCUCCCGUCCUGGUCAAAAGGAAACCACCCCGGGACCCACUGUUCUAUGUGUAUGCAGUUUUUGGAUUUACCAGCGUGGUGAACCUCAUCAUAGGACUGGAACAGGACGGGAUCAUUGAUGGCUUCAUGACAUACUACUUGAGAGAGGGUGAACCGUAUCUGAACACGGCCUAUGGGCACAUGAUCUGCUACUGGGAUGGCUCUGCUCAUUAUCUGAUGUAUCUGGUGAUGGUGGCAGCCAUAGCCUGGGAGGAAAGUUAUAGAACCAUUGGCCUAUAUUGGGUCGGAUCUAUUAUUAUGAGCAUUGUUGUUUUUGUGCCAGGAAACAUUGUAGGGAAGUAUGGAACACGCAUUUGCCCUGCCUUUUUCUUAAGCAUACCAUAUACUUGUCUUCCUGUCUGGGCUGGUUUCAGAAUCUAUAAUCAGCCAUCAGAAAAUUAUAAUUAUCCCUCAAAGGUCAUUCAAGAAAUCCAAGCGAAAGACCUGCUGAGAAGACCAUUUGAUUUAAUGUUGGUUGUGUGUCUCCUUCUGGCAACUGGAUUUUGCCUGUUUAGAGGCUUGAUUGCUUUGGAUUGCCCAGCUGAGCUCUGCCGAUUAUAUACGCAAUUUCAAGAGCCCUACCUAAAGGAUCCUGCUGCUUAUGCUAAAAUCCAGAUGCUGGCAUAUCUGUUCUAUUCUGUCCCUUACUUUGUGAUGGCGCUUUAUGGCUUUGUGGUUCCUGGAUGCUCCUGGAUGCCUGACAUAACACUGAUACAUGCUGGAGGUCUAGCUCAGGCUCAGUUUUCUCACAUUGGUGCUUCUCUUCAUGCUAGAACUGCUUAUGUCUACAGAGUCCCUGAAGAAGCGAAAAUCCUUUUUUUAGCAUUAAACAUAGCAUAUGGAGUUCUUCCUCAGCUCUUGGCCUAUCGCUGUAUCUACAAACCAGAGUUCUUCAUAAAAACAAAGGCAGAUGAAAAAGUUGAAUAAAAGCAUUAUUUUAUGUUCUUUCUCUCUAGAUUACUGACUUUUGUUAUUUUGGUACCAAUAUUUGGUCCCAUUCAACUCUCUUCCCAUACAGGAAUAUUUAAGAAUACAUAAAUUCUUGCUCCGUACUGUAUAUGUGAGCUAUCAUAGGAAUUAUGUGGAUAAAUUUUCUUUUUUUGAAGGAAAAUUGAAGUUAUUCAGAAAGCUUGUUUAAAGAAAUAUAUUUCAAGUUAUUUGUGAAUAAACUUGACCAUCUAUCUCAAUAUUCUGUUUGCACACUUUAAGUGAAAAAUUACAAUUUAGCUCCUAUAAUAGCAUGAAAAGGAAACUGUUCAAAAGUGAAAAUGGUCUAUAUGCAUAUUAAAAAUUUCAAAGUAGCAAAUACAGAUGGAGAAAUAUUUUUGCAUAUAAGAUCUAUAUGUUUCAUUAUCAACCUCAAUAUAAAAGACAAAUUAUCAGAAUAUUUAAAAAUGUUGUUUGAAAAAUGUUUUCCCAAGGAAAGUAUAUUAUUUACUGCUGUUUCAAAAAUUGCUUUUACUGAAAUUUUUCUGUGAGUCUAAAUAGCUAAGGAGGGAUCUAUAACUUUAUCAUUACCCUUAUUUUAUUGGUGACUGGAAAUGUUUCUAUUGUAUUUCUGUGUGUAUUUUUAAUAAAUUAUUUUUGGUCUUUUAUGAAGACAAAUCUUAUUAAAUUUGAAACAUUUUGUAUAUUUUUUUUUCAGAAACAGUUCUGUAGUCUUUACGCCUUUUGUUUUAAAAAUCUGUCAGCUAUAUUUCCAGUUCAAAAUGCCACCUAUAUUCUCAUGUUUUAGUGUGAGCAAUGAAGAGGACUUUUCAUGAAUUAAUUAAAUUUCAUUACUUUUAAAUUAAAACAUUCAAAAUUAAAAAGUACCUUUUAAAGA